ACCGGAACUGCGGUCUGACCCGGAAGUACUACUGGCCACAUCUGCAGGCAUUGUGGGAUAGCACCAAGCCGAUCGGCACAAAGAUUUUUGCGACUUGCAGCUGAGGUCAGAGGUCGUUGCCAUGGGAGACAGCGAUGACGAGUACGAUCGCCGCCGAGGCCGCGACAAAUUCCGUCGGGAGAGAAGCGACUACGACCGAACGCGGGAACGGGACGACAGACGCAGGGACGACUGGAGCGACAGGCGGCGUGACAGUUGGGACAUGCAGUCCCGAGACCGGCGGAGGGACUACCGAGACUACGACCGGGGCCGGCGCGACCGCUACAGCCCCCCGAGACACGACAUGAGCCCUCCCAUGAAGCGUAUGAGACGUGACUGGGAUGAUGGUGGAUACGGGCCCGGCUACGAUAUGCCGGGAUACGGGGGGCCGAUGCACGGCCCUCCCCAGCCCUGGGGACAUCCCAUGGACAUGCCCAUGCAGCACCCCAACAUGAUGCCUCCUCAUAGCAGGCUGGGCAUGCAAGGAGAGGUCGACCAAGGUCAUCCCCAGGCUACCAUGAUGACCUUCAAACAGUUCCUGGGAACCCAGGAGGACUCCAUUGACGACCAGGAGGCGAUCCGGAAGUACAACGAGUACAAGGUGGAUUUCCGUAGGAAACAGCUGGAGGAGUUUUUUGUGGCCCACAAAGAAGAGGAAUGGUUCCGUUCCAAGUUCCACCCGGACGAGUGCGGGCUGCAGAAGCAGGAAUAUCUCGACGCCACCAGGAAACGCUUCGACGUUUUCAUGGAGCUUCUCGGGACAGGGUGGCUGGACAACGUCACUGUGGACCUGGACAAAUCUGAUGUCAUUACCAAGCUGCUGGACGCUGCCGUGAUCAAGAUCGAAGGCGGCACGGAUCACGACCUGAAGAUCCUGGAUCAGCCGGAGCCGAUCCGCACACGGACAACCUCCGAGGGGGGCGCUAAGGGCAGGAAAUCUGAGUCCAGCUCCGGUGCUCCGGGUGAGACAGACGCUGGUAAGAAGGAAGAGAAGACGGAGGAAAGUGCUGAAGACAAGCCUCCUGCUGAGGAGGGAGGGAAGGAGCCGGAGGUUAAGGAGGAGUGUAAGGAGGGAGAUAAGGAGGCUGGUAAGGAGGGAGGUAAGGAGCAGCCAAGUGUGCAGGAAGGUGAGACACCUGCUGAGCCGGAGCCGCAGUCUUCAGCUGAGGAUAAGGAACAGGAACACUCCAUAGACGUGGGGGAGGGCAGCGCGGAGAAGGAGCCAAGUCCUCCAGGUUUUGUCCCUGCAGGUGUUGAGGAAGCCGGAGCUCCAGUAGACAAGGCAGACCAACCUGCAGAAACUACAGGUAAAGAUGAAGGGCAGGAUCCUGUCCAGUCAGCAGAACAGAAGGAAGAAAAGGAAGAGAAGGAGGAGAAGAAGGAGGAGGAGAAGGAGACAGCUGAGGAGAAACCUCCGGGGACCCCCCCUCAGACCGAGACCCCCCCACAGCCGGAGACCCCCUCCCAGCCGACCCCCCGCCCCCUGCACAAAACCUGCUCCCUGUUCCUGAGAAACAUCGCGCCCAUCAUCACCAAGGCUGAGCUUGUGUCGAUGUGCAAGCGCUUCCCAGGGUUCCUGCGAGUGGCUCUGUCUGAACCUGCGCCGGACAGGAAGUUCUACCGCCGAGGGUGGAUCACUUUCGACAGAAGCGUCAACAUCAAAGAAAUCUGCUGGAAUCUGCAGAACAUUCGGCUGAGAGACUGUGAGCUGAGCCCCGUAGUGAACCGUGAUCUGGCGCGGCGGAUCCGGCCCGUCAGCGGGAUCGUGAUCCAUAAGCAAAUUCUGCGGAACGACAUUCGGCUGGCUGCCAAACUGGUGAUGAUCCUCGACACUCGCAGCAAACUGUGGCAGGACCAGGAGGAGGAGAAAAAGGAUGCGGAGAAGGAGGUAAACUCACCUAGCUUUGCGAUGUUCACCAUGUCUAAGAACCCGCUGCUUAAGAACAUCACAGACUUCCUGGUGGAGGAGACGUCUGCUGAGGAGGACGAACUUCUCGGGACGGGGGAGGAGGGCGAGGAGAAGGGGUCAGAGGUCACGCCUGAGGUCACCUUGGACAGGGACGAGGAGCGCCUCAAGGUCCUGGACCGACUCCUGCUUUACCUGCGAAUCGUCCACUCCAUCGACUACUACACGGCCACCGAGUAUCCCAACGAAGACGAGAUGCCGAACCGCUGUGGCAUCAUGCACGGGCGCGGGCCUGUUCCUACAGGGAGGCCUGUCACUCAGAACGAUGUUGAGGAAUGGCAGUCCACAUUUGAGCAGAAAAUCUCCCCUCUCCUCGCCGUGAAAGACAACCUGUCCGAGGAAGAAGCUGUGAAACUCGGCAAGAAGGACCCUGAAGUAGAAGUGGAGAAGUUCGUUAAAGCGAACACCCAGGAGAUCUCCAAGGACAAGUGGCUUUGCCCGAUCAGCGGGAAAAAGUUCAAAGGUCCGGAGUUCGUCCGAAAACACAUCUUCAACAAACACGCAGAAAAGGUCGAGUCCGUCAAGAAAGAGUGUGUGUUCUUCAAUAACUACAUCCUGGACCCGAAGCGGCCGCAGAUCCCAGAGCCACAGACCAGCAAACCGCCCCCCCUCAUGGGGCCAGGGGCGGCCGGGGGAGGGGUACCCCCCAUGUACCAGGGGCCUCCAGGGGGGUUCAUGUACGGGCAGCCGCGACCCCCCAUGUAUGAAGGUCCCGGGUUCAUGCCCCCGUACGGACGAGGCGGCUUUGACGGCUACGGGCGAGGCGGCGGCGGCUACGGACACAAACCCAGGGGACGCGGCCGGUCGGACCCACGCUCCAUCAUCGAGUACCGAGAUCUGGACGCUCCCGACGACAUGGAUUACUUCUGACCUGCUGACCUUUAACCUCCGACAUGGCCAACUUUCUCACUCAUCAUCCUGACCCGUUGACCUUCAACCUCAGAUGUUCUGAUCUUGGGAACUUUGACCUUAGGACAUUUGACUUAAGGACAUUUAAACUUGGAACUUUGCCCAUGACCUCACCAUGCUAAACUUUGCUGGAUUUGAUGUAGUUCUGACUGUUAUGUGAAGGUGCUAGCCUGUUUAUUCAUUAGCAUGUUGUAGUGUUACUUUCUGACAAGUUGUAGUUUAUAAGUAUGACUGUUAUCUAAGAUGGCUAGCUCUUCCUUGGAGGAAAACCUCCAGUGUUCCUGUUAACUAGUAUUAUCCAGUCGUAGUAUCCAGUCUUUUACUGUACUGCUGCAAGGUGUCUGAGGCCUAGGAAAAAAAAAUGUUGUGUUUCCUGUUUCCCGACUGACCCUAGAAAAACUUGCCGACCCUAGACUUUUUUGAGGAUGAACCCUGCAAGGGACAUAAUUUUUUAAGCUGAUUAACAUUUUCUAACUCAAUGAACUGACAUUUGAGAGGUAAAAUGUUGUAGGGAAGUAAGUUUUCUGCACAUCUGGCCAGUCUAGACAGACACAUACAACCAGAAACUUUGAAACUUUAUUUGAAUAACCGUGUCUUCCUGGCAUUCGUUCCUACAUACAUACAUACAUACAUGCAUAUAUAACGUUACAUAAGUUUACAGGAGACAGCAGAAGCCUGGGAACAGGUUUUGUUCUGUUAAUGAAGGUGACAAAAAUACCUGACAAGUUGCAUAAUAACUUUGUAUCAUCAUGGCUCUCUCUCUAUAUAUAUAUGUAGCACGGAGGUACAUUUUUGUAUAUACCUGCAUGUAUACAGUUACUACAACAGUCAUCAUCCAAUAUUUACAAUACACUACAUGUAUUACAUCACUUA